GACAACCGAGAGGAGCUGCGUCUUUAAAGGGUAGCGAUAUGUGGAACUACGUGUUGAUUACAUUCGGAUUAGUGUGGCUGCAGCUGCUGCUGCUGGGCACGGAGGCGACGUUCGACUUCUCCAAUGUGGAUCUGGUCAACUUUCAAUACUUCAAGAAUCUCGACUCUCAAGAUCCACGCUAUGGCGCCCAAGCGAAUCCCAUUAUAGUGCACUUCCAGAAGAAGAAGGCCGUCUUGGAUUACAUCGAACGACUGUUCUUCGGCAACUCGCCGUUCCAGCAACCGAGCGAAAUACCCUUCGAUCCACACUUCGGCCGCAACUGGCGGCCAGUCUACGAGCGAAAAUUCGGGCGACGGGGCGAAAAUCUAAUUGCGGCGCUUGGCGCGGGCUACUCCUUGAGUCAGCUGCGACACUUUGGCGCGAUACCGCGCAACACGAUCUGAGGCUUG